AUGCACAACCUAUCUUUUGGGUUCAGAUCUGAGUUAACCCUGGACCCAUUUGUGAUACCACCUGGGGGAAAAUAUCCCAUAUUUUUUCUUGGAAUUGCAAUUUAUUUCUUUGGUAUUUUUUGCAAUCUGACUUUGCUGAGUUUGAUCAUAAUGAAGAAGAAUCUGCACAAGCCCAUGUAUUUCAUCCUGUUUAGUCUUCCUUUAAAUGAUCUGGUUGGUAUAACUGUAAUGCUUCCAAAAGUCCUCUCAGACAUCGUCACUGAGACCCACAGUGUUUACUAUCCUCUCUGUGUUUUUCAAGCCUUCUUGCUCCACAUGUACGGCGGUGGGAUUCUGUUUAUUCUUGCAGCUAUGUCAUUCGAUCGCUACGUCGCCAUCUGCAUGCCCUUACGCUACAGCUCCCUCAUGACAACAAAAGCUGUCGUUUUUAUUAUUUGUCUAAUCUGGGGUGUCGACUUGAUUCUGAUCGUUUCACUCUUUUCCCUCCAAUCGAGACUUCCUUUGUGUAAAUCUGUUAUCAAGAAUGUGUUCUGUGAUAACCCAUCUCUGUUGAAACUCACAUGUGGGAACACGACUCUUAAUAAUGUCAUAGGGUUGUUUACUACAGCUAUCAUGCAAGUUAUAAGUGUGUCUGUUCAGUCGUUUUCCUACGUGAAGAUCCUCAUCACCUGUGUGGGAACCAGGAAGUCAGACUCAAAGACUAAAGCUGUUAAUACAUGUACGGCACAGAUUGUCAUAUUAAUCAUCUUUGAAGUCGUCGCCACUUUUACGAUUUUAUCACACAGGUUUAAAAACGUCUCCGCCGAGCUGCAGAAGACAAUGGGCAUGCUCAUAUUCCUGGUACCUCCUCUUCUGAACCCCAUUGUUUAUGGGCUGUAUACCAAUGAAAUACGAAGCACUCUCCUCAAAGUUGUAAAAAAAAGAGUGGCUGUGAGUCUGUAA